AUGGCGACGAAAAGAAGCCGUGUCCACUGCGAAGAAGAACGGAAAGGAACCACCAGCGGCAGACGAUUCACCGAUCUUCCCGACGAAGUCCUUCAUCACAUCCUCUCAUUCCUCGACGACACAAAGGGCACGGUUCAAACCUGCAUCCUCUCCAAGAAGUGGAGACACUUGUGGACAGAAGUCCGAGCCCUCCACAUCCGCAAAGACUCCUCCAAUGAGAGUUUCGGGACACCAUCAUUCCUCCAAUGA